UGCCACCUGUCAGUGCCCAUCAGUGCCAGCUGCCAGUGCUGAACAAUGCCACGUGCCAGUGCCACAUCAAUGCCACAUAUCAGUGCCUACCAGUGCAGAUCAAUGCCACAUAUCAGUGCCCAUCUGAGCUGCCUUUCAGUGUCACCCAUCAGUGCCAGUCAGUGCCACCUAUCAAUGCCAAUCAUCAGUGCCGCCUAUCAGUGCCAGUCAGUGCCGCAUAUCAGUGUGCAUCAGUGCCGCCUAGCAGUGCCCGUCAUCAGUGCCACCUAACAGUGCCAGUCAGUGCUGCCUAUCAGUGCCAGUCAGUGCCGCCUAUCAG